AUGCGGGACAAUGGUUCUACUGGCUGUGUAGUGAAAGAGGCCCUGGUUGCCCCCACUCAGUUCACAGGAGAACAAGUGAGAGUCAUCAUGAUUAACGGCUCGAUAGCUGUAGUCGACAUGGAGACUCCAUUCCUCACUGGCAGAAUUGAGGCCGCUGUGAUGAAACAGCCUAUCUAUGAAUUGAUAAUCGGUAACGUUGAAGGGGUGAGGGACGUUCGGAACACGGAAGCCGCGACCCAAACCGAAGAUCAAGUAGGUGCCGCCCUGACGCGAGCCCAGGCACGAGACACACGGCCCGUGGUCCCUCUCAAGCUCACAUCACCUGACGAGCUGCUCAAUAGCGCUAACGUCACUGCCACACAAAAGACCGAUUCCUCCCUUGCAAACAUUCGGAAGCAAGUCGCUGAGGGGGUAUCGAGGGUAAAUAAAUACGGAACGACUCGCUUCUGCCAACACAGAGGAAAGUUGUAUAGAGAAGUCAUCUCCGACCUCGGUGAGGCUCGGUCGCAAUUCGUGGUGCCUGCAAAGUACCGCCACGCGGUGAUGGAGAUGGGGCAUUGCGCGGCCUUGGGUGGUCACAUGGGGCGACAGAAAACACAAGACCGCAUUAGUCACACAUUUUUCUGGCCUGGCAUGAUGGCCGAUAUCACGAGAUUCGUGAGAUCCUGUGACGUGUGUCAAAAAACUGUAGACAAGGAACGUUUGAAACCUGCGCCGCUAAAACCCAUGCCCCUUAUAUCCGAACCAUUUGAGAGGGUAGCGGUGGAUAUUGUUGGGCCUAUCACGCCACGCGUGACUGACGGAUCAAAAUAUCUACUCACGUGUGUGGACUUCAGCACUUGUUGGCCUGAAGCAGUACUUCUGAAAAAUAUAGAGGCCACCACGGUGGCUGAAGCGCUGGUAGGGAUAUUCUGCCAUGUGGGCAUUCCCAAGGAGGUGCUGAGCAACCGAGGCACUCAGUUUACAUCUGUCAUGAUGGACGAGACGUUUAGGAUUCUCUCUGUGAAGAGCCUUAACACGACACCCUGGAAUCCCAUGUGUAACAGUCUGUGCGAAAGGUUCAACGGCACACUGAAAAAAAUGCUCAAGCGGCUGGCCGCCGAGCAACCCAAGGAAUGGCCGAGAUUUGUGGCUCCUCUUCUGUUCGCAUACAGGGAAGCACCGCAGAGUACACUGAAGUUCUCGCCUUUCGAGCUACUCUACGGAAGAGCAGUGCGCGGUCCACUCCAAGUGCUGAGAGAGCUAUGGGACAAGGACGUGCCAAGUCCGGAGGUAUGUACAACAUACGAGUACGUUAUAAACCUGGCUGGCAGACUUAGAGAAACCUGUCGUAUGGCCAAGGAAGAACUCCUGAAGGCCCAGGAGGUACAAAAGGCUCAUUAUGAUCGGAAUGCGCGACUACGCACCCUGCAGCCUGGCCAGGAGUGCUUAGUACUCCUACCCACUGCUCAUAAUAAGUUGCUGGCACAGUGGAAGGGAGCUUAUGAGGUCCUAGAGCGCGUCUCCGACUUAAAUUAUGUAGUAUUGAUUGAUGGAAAACGGAAACGUCUUUACAUUAACAUGCUUAAGGAGUAUCAUGCGCCUGCCAUCUCUGGUAGCGCUGGCGCUCAGGAACCAGCAUAUGCUGAGGACAAGGCCGCCUGUUUGAAAGCCGUGCGUGGUAUUUUUUCCCUUUCAACAGCUGCGAAGGAGGAAGAUGAGAUCAAAUGCAGUGCAGCCGUGAUUCACGAUGCAGAGGACGUAGGAGACGGUCCACUCACUAUACAAAAGCGUCAGACGGAGACCGUAGAUGACGUCGCAUUAUCUGAAAGGCUACCACCUGAGGAAGUGUCGAUAAUAAAGAAUCUUCUGGGUGAAUAUACGGAGGUCUUUUCUGACAAGCCUCGCGUGGCCCGGGUGUCACCACACAAGAUUACCCUAACGGACAGGAAACCAGUGAAGGUGAAACCCUAUCAGGUCCCUCUGCAGCUUAGGGAUGCUAUGGCUGAGGAAAUAAAAGAAAUGGAGGACUUAGGCAUUAUCGAGAGAUCUGAUUCUCCGUACUGUAGUCCUAUGGUCGUCGUACGCAAGAAAGGCGGUAGUAUUAGGAUCUGCGACGAAGGGUUAACGCAGUAA